GGUGCGCAAUUAUUUUGCAGAGUUGCACCAGCGACGGUCAGAGUGGGCGCUGUACCUGCGCAGGCGGCUCCUUACGAGGGGUCUGAAGAACUCUCCGUUUGGCGAGUACAUUGGACUGUUGAAGAGCCACUUGACAGGACAGAACGUUUUCUACGAUCCCCGGCGUCUGGUGGAGACUGUGGCGACGGUGGUGGAGCAGAAACUGCGCAACAUCAUCGCCGAAAAGGUGGACAGCAGUUUUUGGUAUCGGGUCGCUAAGCCGGUGCUCGACGCGUCGGCGGGUAUCUCAAAGUGGAUGAUCCGUGCCUGUAGCGCAGCCGGAGACGAGCUGUCGGUGGUUGGCGCCAGCACCGCAUACUACCGAGUGCGAGACAGUCUGUCCGGCCAGACGGACAACAUUGUCGACAUCUCGUUGGGCAUGUGCUCCUGCGAGGCGGCCGACGGCGGUGUCUACUGCAAGCACCAGGCCGCCGUGGCCAGGUACACCGGAGUCUAUCCGCCCAACGCCUACGAGGUGAACCGGGACGACGUGACAGCCUACCUGAGAUUCGGCACCUCGGAGAAGAAGAUCAUCUCCUCCCUCGUCUCCUCGACGACUGGGCAGACGGACCUUUUGGAGUCGAGGAUGGCAGUGGCGGUGGCGGCGGAGGCAGAGGCGAAAAAGAGGAAGAAACUUGCCCAGCCAAGGCAACCACGUGCCAAACGAGUCCGGCCUCCAAAUGACUUGUCGAGGGGAGGCAAAGCUGUAUCAGGUGGACGCAGUCGACUGCCUCUUGGGCUGCCCGCCGAGACGACCAAAUGGCUCGGUCCGAUUUGUCUCGAUCAGACGCCCUCGGCCGUUGCUGCGCCUCAGCCCGCCCUGCCUCGAUUGCCUCGAUUGCCUCGGCUGCCUCGGUUGCCCCGACCGACCUUGCUCGGUACCAGUAACGAGGCUGGCCAGACGUUUGUUCCAGCCUCCCAUCCAGCCAACGCUAGGCGGACCAAGACGGACUCGACAACUGGCCGACUCCUCGCGGCCAGCCAGUCGUCCGGCGAGUACGUCUGUCUUCCUUCGCCGCCCGUCUCCAACCCUAAUCACCCGCCCGCCCGAGGCCCUCACACUUGCCCGCCUUUGCUCACCAGUCUCGCCAGUCAGCCGGUCUUCUUGCUUCCAGUACCGGGUCCACUGCACCCUGGCCAGCCGGUCGCCUCCUCCGCCACCUCCGCCACCUCCUCGUCCUCAUCCACGUCUGGCCCAGCCGCAGUCGCGGCCAUCGCAGCCACCGCCGGCCUCCACGACGUCCACGACGUCCAC